AGAGAUUUUUUUUUUUUUUUUUUUUUGACAAGAAACGUCUCUAAAAUUUUUAAAACUUUACAUGAUGCAUUUUGGUUAAGAAUCUUUGCGUGAAACCCUUAUAUAAGGAACUCCACCUACCUUUGCAAGUCCUCCAACCCUCUUAGCGUUUCCACUGCUCUCUCUCUCUCUCUUCGUGUUUCUCUCUCUCACGCACAGAAAAAGAUGGAGCGCUCAAUGAAGCUGUUUUCGGCUAUUUUUCUUGUCCUGGUUCUUCUCAUGGCGACUGAGAUGGGGACGGAGGUGGCGGAGGGAAGGACGUGCGAGUCGCAGAGCCACCGGUUCAAGGGGACGUGCUUGAGCGGCAGCAACUGCGCCGCCGUGUGCCAGACGGAGGGUUUUCAAGGUGGCAAAUGCCGUGGCUUCCGUCGCCGCUGCUUCUGCACUAGACAUUGUUAAUCUUCACCAUACUUCACUUAUUACUUUCCAUCCAUCCAUCCAUCAGUAGCUACUUUUUUUUUUUUUUACCUUAAUUAAUCAACUUAAGAGUUUAAGAACUCCAUGGACCGCAUUUGCAUGCUUGUAUUAUUUUAUAGUAUGUGGUGACGGAGAUAUGAUUUCAUCGAAUCAUGUCUCCCGUUUACAUAAUCUACUUAUUGUCUGCGCCUCGCGCGCUGCCUAUGAAUAACGUUCCAGAUCGAGUAGUACUCCUUUGGCCUUUAUCUAUCUUAAUUCAUGUUUGGACUUAAUUACUCCCAUCUGCAUCUUCAAAUAUUUCACCUUUCUAUAUAAAUUCAGUGUAUGCAAUGCUUCUUAAUUUUAAUAAUUAUACUCA